AUGCUGACUUCGUUCUACUGUACAUCAGUCCAAGCCACUGGCAGCGCGUUCACUCAGUUUACACUCGUUGUUUCCGCAUCAGACACCAGUAUCAACGGGACAGCCUUGGUCGCCACCAACAAUAACGAGAUUGAUAUUAUGGGGACACUCGAGCCCGUACAAGAGAACGAAUUGCCAUCCAUCUUUUACUUUGAUUCCUCAACCGGUCGUCUGGUCACGGACUCUGCUCUAAGUAACGAGGAGCGAUUCGCUUACACCCUUUACGGCAAUUAUACGAGCAGUUUGCGUUUCGACAUCGGAUCAAACAUUAGUGGGGAUAUAGCUUAUCCCAUUUUCACGGUUUCCGAUGAUGGAAGAGUCAUUCCUCCGGGUAAUUUAACUUGGGCAUGGUGUCCAGAUGAGUUCAAUGUCGGAAAUGGCUACUACCUGCCAGGUAGCAUAACUCUGGGCGACAUUGCUGAAGGAUGUGAGGCAAUUAAUGGGCUGACAGCGGUGGAUGCUGCAGUUUAG